GGAAUUAACACUGGCUACUUAAAUAAAUCUAACUAUUGUUUUGGUCUUUAUAUUUUCCACAAACAUGCAUCUUCCACUCACUGACAUUGAUGCGUCUAAUCAACCAUCGGAAACAUAUCUAUGGAUUCAAGAUGGUCUUACGAUAGGCUCUGGCGUUUUGUGGAUGGUAGCGUAUGUUCUAUACAUACGCCGAUCUUCUAAAGAUCAGUCGUACGGCAUGCCGAUAUUGUCCCUUUGUGCAAACAUAGCUUGGGAGUUGAUAUAUGGCAUUAUUCAUCCACCUGGAAUGGCCGAAUUCAUUACGUUCCUUCCAUACUUCCUGAUCGACCUGCUCCUAGUCAAUGCGACUAUUAAGUUUGGGCCUCGGGAAUGGAGACAUGCUCCAAUUGUGCAGAAGAACUUGGGCAUGAUAGUUCUGGUAGGAAGCCUCAUGAUGCUGGGCGCACAGUGGACAUUCGCAGAGCUCUUCACAGACUUCACACAAGCAAGCUUCUGGAGUGGGUAUACGUGCCAGGUCAUCGUUAGUUGGAGUGCGAUUGCGCAGCUCGUGUCAAGAGAAAGUACCAGAGGACAUUCCAUUGCUAUAUGGUGGUGCCGUUUUUUGGGUACACUAUGUGCAACUGCGGUUUUCCACUGGCGUGCGUAUAACUACCCAGCCAACUACGGUUACGUGUACACUCCUCUUGCAAGAUUUUUGUUCAUAGCACCAGAGACUGCCGAGUUGGCGUAUCCAUUCAUAUUUUGGUACAUAGCGAAGUUAGAAAGUCGCAAUUCUCUGCACCCAAAGAAACAGUAAGAUCUACAAGUUGCAGAGAUAUGGAAGAUACAUGGAAAUGAGAAGAGAGCAAAUUCGACAUAUUGUAGGUAGUACAGUAAGAAUGGUAGA